AUGUCCCAAAUCGCAGAAAUAUCGAAAGAAGAAAGAGCUCUUUCUUCAGAAUAUACAUUCAAGGAAAAAGUUUUGAAAACCAUUUUCCUGGUAAUUUCUUGGACUGCACUGGGACUACAGCAGGAAAUCACAAAUACAACAUUAAACGACCUUAUUAUUCUCACAAAUUCUAACUAUGAAGUUAUCUCUCGAGCAAUGUUGGGUGUUGGAGUUGGUUAUAUAAUCUCAGCAGUCAUAGGUGGGCCAGUGGUGGACAUGUUUAAAAAUUCCAAUGACUUGAUGAUAGCUUCAUGUUUGCUUGUAUCUGCACUAGCAACAUUCCUUACGCCUUAUUCGUCGUACUUUAUAAUUUUAUGGAUUUUGUUUUUCGUUCGAGGUAUGUGUGCAGGAUUACAAAACUUAGCUGGACAAAUCAUCAUCUUUGAUUUAUGGAAGGAAAAAGCAACUGGCCCAAUGCAUAUUAUUCAUUGUGGAUAUGGUAUAGGGGCAUUCAUCAUUCCAUUAAUAGCCAAUCCAUUCUUAGCUGUUUUGAAACCAUCUCACGCAAACGAUUCGAUUAGUAUGUCUACAAAUAUAACAACGACAUUUUCGACUUACCCGAGGCUUGAAUUUAACGCUACAAUUACACAAUAUACAAAGGAAUCAAGAAUAAAAACUGCAUAUUUAAUAACUGCACUAGUUGUUGCAUCUGUGUCUUUUGUAUUUGUGUUUUACCAAUUUUGUUAUCGCAAAAUAUCACACCUUUCUUUUAACAAAAUUGAGACAGAAAGUAAAUUUAAAAAAUUGUUAAAACUGAUUGAUACAGGAACAUGUGCAAAUGGACAUCGUUUGUUUGGGGCAGAGAUUAUAGGAAUAUUAAUCUUUUAUUUCUUCAAUGCACUUGGAGGAGAAGUUAUAUUUAAAACAUUUCUCCGGAGUUACUCCAUAGAUAAUCUAAAAUUUUCAGGAGAUGAUGGUUCCAUUCUAAAUACCAUAUUUGCAAUCAGUUAUACAGUCUCCAGGUUUGCCGGAUUACUUACCGGUAGCAUUAUUCCAAUCCGUAUUCUAUUAGUGUUGGAAUCUUCCGGUUUAUUGUUGACGACAAUCAUGUUAGAAAUAUUUGCACGUGAUAAUAAGCUGGCAUUGUGGAUAUUGGUAGUUCCAAUGGGAAUCUUUGUCUCUCCGUUAUAUCCAUCUGGUAUGGGUUGGGGAAACUUUUUUAUCUCUAUGACAGGAACAGCAACUGCAGUUUUGUUGAUUGGGGGUUCUAUUGGUGCGAUGGCUUACGGUUGGUUGAUGGGAUAUCUUUAUGAACACUACGGAUACGAGAUGUUCAUGCACCAGACUUUAGCAUUUGGAGUGAUAAUGUUUUUAUGUACGAUCUUAAUGGUGGUUCUUACGUUUCAUAAUGCAAAACGCGCAGCUACAAAUAACGAUAGGAAUGUUUCUACCUGUAAACAAGUUGAAUUAAAUGAGAAAGAAAUAUUAUAUCAGAACUUGUAUGUGGGCUCAGAACUAAAAUAACUAAGAAAAGUGAAUAUCUAUAAAUACUUCAGCGCAAAAAUAAUCAUCAGAAUUAAUCACGAAUCAUUUGUUAUUGUCAAUUUUGAGUUCUUCUCUUUCAUUUUUGCUUAUAUACUUUAUUUAUAUGCA